UAUCACUUUAAUCCUUUUAAAUAAACAAACGUUCGAGAAGACUAUAUAAAGCACAAUUGAUCAAAACUUUGUCAUUUUGUCCAUCAUGAAAGCCGUUAUUACUUUAGCACUCUUGUUCCACAUCACCGUUGUGACACCAAGAGCAACAAUUGGUGAUGACAUAACUCAAGCGUGCAAAGACCAGGAUCCCACUCAAAUCACAUUUGUGCCUGUACCGGGUGAUUGUAGCAAAUAUAUAGAGUGUUACAAUGAAGUUGGGACGCUGUUUCAAUGCCCGGACGGACUUUGGUGGCACCCAGCCAUAGACGAGUGUGACUAUCCGGGCAGUUACUGUCAGCCAAACACAACAACAACAACAACAACACCAUCGACAACAACAACACCUACAACAACCACAGCACCUACAACAACAACAACACCAUCAACAACAACAACACCUACAACAACAACAACACCAUCAACAACAACAACACCUACAACAACCACAACACCUACAACAACAACAACAACACCUACAACAACCACAACACCAUCAACAACAACGACCCCUGCACCGAGUCCUGACCCCAAACCUGACCCCCGGUGCAUUGACGACAGCACCGAACUGUGGCCACAUCCUGCAGAUUGUGCCAAAUACAUUGAAUGCUUCCAUGGUAAUUCCUACGAAAUGACUUGCCCCCCAGGUCUCUACUUUUCAUCAAGUUCUAAGACUUGUGUCACCGCUGACGAAUCCGAAUGUUGUAAAACCAGCUCUCAAUGUUAGCGAAUUUAAUAAAAUCAACGGCAAUAUGAAA